AUUAGGAUACUGCGUUUGCGCAGUGUGGUUCGGCGCUCGAGCGGCUCGGAGGACGGGACCGUUUGGUUUGAAAAAGAACCGCCUUUUUAACGUGAAGCGGCUGUGUUUUCUCCGGAAAGGAAAAGGCGAGGGGUUGAGACAAUGCCAUCCAAAGCGUUCUCAGUUGGUGAAAUAGUAAUGGGCCGUUGGCCAGGUGGUCACCUAUACUACGAGGUGCAAGUUAUGGGUUACAACAAGAACACCCAGUUGUAUACAGUGAAGUACAAGGAUGGCACUGAACUGAAUCUAAAAGAAAAUGAUAUUAAGUCCUUAAAUUUCUUUAAAAUGAAGAAAAGCAGUUCAGGUUCCAGACAGCGCAGUCGAUCUCGAUCACGGUCUCCUGCCAGGACACAGACACCCAAGCAGUCAAACUCCCGGGGCAAGGAGCCUAGGAAAUUAGUGGAGAAGGAAGAAGUACGAACAGUUGAUAUAAGUAAACUGAAAUCUGUCCAUCAGAUUCAAGAAAAUAGCACCAACAGUAAAGCUACUUGUGUGACAGACUACACUGGAGAGAAGGAGAAGAACAAGAUCUACAGAGUUGUUGAGCAAAAGACAUGCAAAGAAAUUGUAACAGAUCAGUUGGGCCUGUACAAUCUACAAGCCAAGAAAGAAGAGGCAAAACUUGUAAACCUGGAGGCAAAAGAUGGCCAUCUGCAUGCUAAGAAGCAAGCGGUGCAGAUCCAAGAGCGGGGGUUUGGAGCACGAGUUGGUGCUGCUGUCAUGAUAUUCUUGUUGCCUGCUAUUCUCAUUCUCCUGCUGUUGAUGUGUACACAAGACGAUCCCAGUAUUCUGAAUUUUCCACUUCAAAUUCCACAUCCCCUGGCUCUAUGGAAUAGUACUGCCUUUGGCAUCUUUGUCCUGUGGGUCCUUUUUCAGGCACUACUUUAUAUGUUGCCAGUUGGAAAGGUUGUUGAUGGAGUGCCACUAGCAAAUGGAAAGAAACUUAAAUACAGAAUCAAUGCAUUGUAUGCCUUUCUGAUGUGUGCAGUGGUGUUAGGAGUUGCUCUUUACAAUGAGGUGAACCUGAGCUACAUCUACGAUAACUUACUACAGCUUGCAUUAUCUGCCAUGAUGUUUGCCUUUCUGUUCAGUAUUUACCUUUAUGCACGUUCCUGGCAUGUUCCUGCAGAUGAUCUGGCUCCUGAAGGAAAUUCUGGUAGUUAUGUUUAUGACUUCUUUAUUGGCCGCGAAUUGAAUCCUCGUAUUAGAAACUUCGAUCUGAAGUACUUCUGUGAGCUUCGCCCAGGCUUGAUGGGCUGGGUUGUCAUUAACUUGGGAUUGCUGUUUGCUGAGAUGAAGGUGCAGAACAGUGAUGUCCCCUCACUGGCAAUGAUCCUCGUAAACUGCUUCCAGCUUCUCUACGUACUUGAUGCACUAUGGAAUGAGGCAGGAAUUCUGACGACCAUGGAUAUUGUGCAUGAAGGCUUUGGUUACAUGCUGGCGUUUGGCGAUCUGGUCUGGGUACCAUUUGUGUAUAGUCUACAAGCUUACUAUCUGGUUAAUCACCCAAAUGAACUGAGCUGGCCUUUAGCCCUGGCAAUUAUUGUUCUCAACACUGUUGGUUAUACCAUAUUCCGGGCAUCCAACUCUCAGAAGAAUGCCUUCCGAAGGAACCCUCAUGACCCCAAAUUGGCACAUUUGAAAACUAUCCCCACUGCAACAGGGAAGAGUCUAAUUGUUUCUGGAUGGUGGGGGUUUGUCCGUCACCCAAACUACCUGGGAGAUCUCAUCAUGGCUUUGGCUUGGUCGCUGCCCUGUGGCUUUAAUCACAUCCUUCCAUACUUCUAUGUAAUUUAUUUCACUUGCUUGCUUGUUCAUCGUGAGGCCAGAGAUGAACAUCAGUGCAGGAAGAAAUAUGGUGUAGCUUGGAAUAAAUACUGCCAACAGGUACGAUAUCGGAUCAUCCCCUAUGUCUACUGAGCAAGAAUGUGCACAAAAGAUCUGUUGUUUAAAAAUAUUGCACAAGAUCAAGGAAAAUUAUUGAACAUAUUAAUCAUGCAACCUCAGUUUUUAAAAAAAGUAUAUAUUUUUUCAUUUCUACCCUGUUACGUUGUUUGGAAAUAAAAAUCUUCAUUAUGUUCAGUCAGCCACAUGCUUUGUCACUUCAAAGGCAUGGGAGCUUCCUGACAAGUUUUAAUAUAUUUGUCUAAUGCAUGGGUAAUUGUUCCUUAUUGUGCAGUUUUGGCAUAUUACUUGCUUAACAGAAGUCUUCCCUUAUCUCAGGGAUUUGUCAAAGUGGAACACUCUGUAAUUGGAACAUUGAUGUUUAUCGUCACUCACUUUUAAGAACACAAUUCUUCGUCAACUUCCCUUUAUUGCCAAUUGUAAUGCAUUUUAAAUUGAAAUGACUCUCCAAAAUUUCCAUUAUCUUCUGUCCUUCAUUUGUUCAUUCAUGGGUUACAAUGAAUUAUUAUCUCCUCCAUCACUUCACACUCAUAAUUAUAGGCUAUUUGAUGAGUACUCUUAAAUAUACCAUGUUAAAAAUAAAACAUAACACAAAUUUCCUGCCUUUUCCAAUUUGUUGAUUUCACUGAGGUUUCCUCCUUCAUUCCCCAUGUUCGAGAAUAGGCAAGUCAAGAACUCUGAUGGCUGGCUGUUCUUGAAUGUUCUGGUGCCCAUUCCAUUUAGUGCCAUUCUUCCCUCACACUUUUCAUCCUCUUUCAAAGUCAGCUAAACUUUUAACAGGGACUGUGGUAUUUGGGUUGUUUAAAUGAGGAAGGCAUGAAUCCUGUGUCUAGUGGAACUCCUCACUUACACAUUGGCUUGUUUGUUACUGACUUUUUCCUCUCACCCUCUCCAUUCAAAAUUAAAAUUUAAACCAGGCUUCCCAUGCUGGGCACCUGGAACAAUUCCAAACAUUGAAAACUUGUGAAGUCUUAGAACGUCAUUUUACUACAUUCUACUUUGUGUGUACUUGUGUUUUUGCUGGAUUUCAUGAUAAAAUGAAGAUGUACAGUGUUUGGCUGUCUGGUAUGACAGUAAUUAAAAUGCAUUUUAGUCACUAGGUUUCUUUGAAUGUUCUACUGGUGUCCAGAAUUAACUGUUCUUUAUCUGUUUUGCAUGAGUUGGUGUAAGGCAAUGUGGACACAUACGCUAUUGCAGUGAAGCCUUCUAUGUAAAGGUAUAUUUUGGUCACGGAUAUGGCAUUUGAUCUGAAAAUGUUGUGGUCCGUGAGCAAUGAGCUGUAUCAAUGCCCAGCAGCCUGUUGGUAGUGGGGGCAAGUUCUUUGUUCAGUGGCUGAUAUUUUUUCUUUAAACGUUUACUUCAUUCUCUUUGUAACCAAUUUCAGUAUUAAUGAAUUGUUUAAUGAGUUAACCAAGGUGUAACUAUUCUCAAAUGUGAAUAAAAGCACUGGAUAAGGCACUCUAGACCUAGCCUGUGGUAUGCUGCUGCUGGCCCACCUCCUCAGCAGCAAAACAAGAUAGCUUUCUAUAUUUCUACAUUUUCUCAGACUUUGUUGACCCAAAUGUUCAAUUCUUCUGUAUAUCAGAUGUACAAUUUAACAAGAGAACAUUUUUAACUGUUCUUGAUUUUAUGCAGCUUUGAGUACAUUUUUUAUAUAUAGAACACAUUAAUGGGAAUUACAGUAUUUCAGAUGGAAUUUGUGUUGUCCACCUUCACUCUAAUCUGAUCUGUACUGGGGAACACAUUUCCAAAAAUGUGCAUCUAUUUAAAUCUACAUUAGCAAGUGGGACAAAUGGAAUUUGCUGUAAAUGUUCUUGUUCGGAGGAAUCCAUUCCCCGUUUGGUUCCUGCCAACCCCUACCCCUUGCUUUCUGUAAGCUGCUUUUAAGGUACAACAACAUUGGCCUUGAGUUGUGUUGUGUUGCCUUGGUGCUCUCUGAUCACAUGCUGUUGGCUGCCCAACCCUUUGAGAUUGCUGUACUGUUCCACAGGAACAUACCUGUCGUAACCUUCCUUGUCACCUUACCACCACCUGCCCCACCAUAUCCUGUUUAUCAAAAUUCUAUCUAUUUUUCCCUUAAAAAAUUCAGAAACUUCUAUUGCUUUUUGAGGAAGGAAUUCCAGACACUAAGCCCUACAAAGAAAGAAAAUGCAUCUCAUCUGCUCUAACUGGGCAACCUCUUUCAAUAGCUCUAGUUUCACAAGUAAGAGUAAACAUUGAUCCUGACAAGAUUUGUGGUCAAUCAUGUCCCUACUCACCCUUCUAAACUCAUGGAUACAAAUCGAGUUCAUCCAACCCUUCCCUUAGGAGGUAUACCACUCAUUCCAGCUAAUAGCCCUUCUCUGAACCACCUCCAAGUUGAAUCCUUCUUUGCAUAAGGAGACCAGUACUUUACACAGUAUUCCUGCUGCACUCUUGCCAAAGUGUGACCUUCCUCAUGCAUUCAAUUCCCUAACAAUUAAUAAAUUAGCUUUCCUGAUUUCUUGCAACUGCUGUAUACGGUCUUGUGCAUAGUGCAAAGACAUCCAGUUCCUACUGUACCAUGGAACUCUGCAGGCUAUGAACAUCUGCUACAUCAUAGAAGUACAAUAAAUUAGUUGACCAUUUUCCUUUCACAAAGCCAUCAUUAAUUUUUCCAAUCCCUUGCAGUAGCAUUUUCAAUAAUAGAUUAUAUUAUUUUCCCUCUAAUAUAUUAAUCUAACUACCUUGGGUUUCUUCUUUCUGGCUCUCUCCCUUUAUAAGCAAAGGAAUCAGAUUUGCUAUUAUCCAAUCAGGAAACAGUCCCUGAAUCUCAGAAAUUUUGGAAAAUAAACCAGCAUGUCAACUCCUCUACAGCAAAGCAUCUGCAGUUCCUUUUAAAUAGUUGCCUCAACUAGCUGCCUGUUUUAAAUCCAGGAUAAAAUCCACUGAGCUCUGGAGGUUUAUUAGCUCACAGACAUUUCUUAUCUCUGUUUCCAAUCCAGGCCUAGUUACAGCUGGAAUGGAAUUACUGUUCAAAGUGGCUCUGGAGGAAAAUUAGCACUUGCAGCAGUUUUUCCAGGAUUCCAUGUUUGGCCCUUGUGACCAGUAUAAUGGAGGAUAAAGUAGUGUAGUAUUUAAGACCCUGUAGAUGUAAAGUUUAUUUGUGGUAGGCAUGAGACUGGCAGCUGGUAGUAAAACUGGCUUAGAGAGUGAUCUACAGCGAUAGCCUUGGAUCAUUUUUUACAUCAGAAAAUAAAGCCCUGUGAUAUCAGAGAAUGAACAGCAAAAAAGUCUCUUGAACAUACUAUAGAAUUGUAUCCAAGAAGUAGAUUCUGUCUCACAGUACAGAUUGCAUCUGAAAUCGCACAUUUUCCCUACUCUAGUCAAAUUAUCACCCAUAAUGGUCCCAGUGUGAGAAAACAGCCCUUUGUAAUUACAGUACCCACUUGAAACUGGAGUAACUCCAUCUGAAAUCCUGUUAAUGUUACCCAUACAACAGGUGAGCUUUGUAGAAUCUGUUGUAUUUGAGAUGAACAAAGUAACUGUAAAUAGCUUUGUUUGGGGCGGGGAGUGCGGGGUGGAAGGGAAGUUUUCAAUUUUUAUUGUAAUUGCUCCUAUAACAAUAUUCAUUGUACAGUGAGAUUACCUUUAUUUUUUUGCUGGAAUAAAGAUUUGUAAUUUGGAACAAA